AUUGUUGUGAUUGGUUUUAGAAUUCAAAUGUUGUGUGUGUGAUUGCUAUUCUGGUUUGUUUAGGUACUUUUCAAUGCUACUCACGAAUCAAUCUCAUGACGUCAGUAGCAACUGGCAAAACGUAUGGUUGUUGAUAAAAACCUCAGGACCCAAAGAUAUCAAUUUAGACAGGUACUAUUGUAAUAUCAAUUGUUAAUUGCUCAUUCUUGUGAUAAACAUCUAGAUAAAAGUCAUAGAAGUGAAAUAUAAUCUAAUUGGAGAAAAUUGCAAGGCUUUAGUGGAAGUUUUAUUAUACCAUAAGAGUUAGUUGCUUCGGACGAGUGCAUAAGUUUCACUACCAAUUUGGAGCCUCGCUGGUUGAUUGAGGUCAUAUUGGUUGAUUGGAGUCUUAGCACCAAUUGCAAAGACUUUGCGUCGGAAAGGUAGUCUCAUGUGCUGUGUGUGGAUCCAAAAUCCUGUUUCCAUUUCGUGUGAUUUGAAAGCAUCUUAGGUUUCUUCUCUCUGAGCGCCUUUCGCUGAUACGUAUAAUAAUCCUACUUAUGUCAAGGCUGUGUGCAUGGUAGAUAUGCCACUUCUUUGUGAAACAGUAGUUGAAACCUCUUCGUGCUAUAUUUCGCUUGGGCAAUCCAGCAAAUAUUGAAAGGCGAACUUUAAACCUUGAAGAUUGUUGAAGAAGUUUAUCGAUAAGAAACCUCGACUUUACUUCACAACAUUAGUACUAUACUUCUGAUGCUCAGUUGGAUUAAGGUGGACAGAAGGAGAGUUGAAGAUUACACACUCGAAGGAAGAAAUUUGGACGUUGCUGCAAGUACCAGGCAUGCUUUCAGAAGAAAAUGGUCUGUCGGGGGUUGAAACAUUCAGCAGUGUGGGAUAUGAUGCAUCAAGAAACUCUAGACGGGUUGGCGAUCGAACGAAAGUGUGGGAUUUCGAUUUCCUAUGGAGCGAGCGUCAUAUGUUUCCUGAGCAGCUAGAACCACUCCGUCAGGUGGGUGACCCUUUGGCAGAUGAAUGCAUGAAAGCUCUUGACGUGAAGCCUGGCAGCGAUGCCCUCGACAUUAUCGGCAGUUAUCUUUCCCAACCAAUCUGCGAACAAUGUUCCAAAGCCCCGAGAAUUUUCCAAGAGAACAUUACCACCGUUCCUGAAUGGGUGGACUGGGACCUUAUUCACCAAGGCCAGAAUGUGUACUGGACAUACUCAGGACCCAUCAAUGUCAUCCUACUUCACUACUCUCUGGCUGGUGGCUUUUCGGCUCCGCGUAUUACUAAGACUCUCACGUGUACGAAAUACUUCACCAGUCCAGAUCAGUCGUAUCGAAGGCUUUUCGAAACCCUACAGUUUGUAAUUUACUGCAUGAAAGGUACGGAGGCUUUGAGAUGUAUGACGGGAGUGGGAUGGCAGUCCACAAUCAGGGUGCGUCUGCUCCACACUCAAGUUCGACUUCGAAUCCUCUCUCUAGCACACUCUCAUCCGAAUUACUACUCUGUGCAAGAAAACGGGAUUCCCAUAAAUCAAGAAGACAGUAUGUCAACUCUGUGUGCGUUCUCGAUCUGCGUGAUCAUGGGGAUGGAGAGAAUGGGCAUCAGCCUGACGAGAGAAGAAGUGAACGCCUAUCUUCACCUAUGGCGUCUGAUAGGCUACUACAUGGGAAUACUUCCAAGCAACGACCCGCUCAAGUCUCGAGAGGAUGCGAUGGCCGCAUUCGAAUCAUUUGUGAACCACCUCGUCUAUCCGGACGAAGUCUCGGCAGCGAUGACUAGGUCGAUUCUCGCAGCAGUGGCAGAUAAAGCUCCGAUGCGAUGGUCGCUGGACUUCCACUCGGCCAUUUGCAGGGCUUUGCUUGGGGAUGCGUUAAGCGACGCUCUCAAAAUAGAGAAAUCGAAUUGGAAGAACAGGCUGAGGGUGACCGCCUUGUUCGCGACGUUUCGAUGGUGUUUAAUGCGCAAGCCAAGUUGGUUCCUUCCUCACUGGAUCCGACUCUCCAGGGACUACACGUCGCGGAUGGUCCAGUCGCGGACUUCGUCGCUGCCGUGUGACUUCACAUUGCAAAUGGUGCCAGCUGUUGCCCUUAAUUAGCAAUUUUCCAUAGUAUUUCUCCCGUCUAAUAUACAGUACCGACAUCUGCAAUCAAUGCCUCCCGGAAUACUUAACACUUCUGAUACUGUUUCAUUCCAGGAAGUAUCGGUUACUAAAGGUAUUCGCAAACGUGCAACCGGAAGUCAUAACUUCUUGGCCUCUCGCAGUUUUCCUCGUAACACCACCCCUAUGAAGGAGAACCAACUAUGCCACUAAAAAGGAAGACCCUUAGAAAGUUGGAAGCUCGAAUUUUAAACGUGUAGAUCUAUGUGACGACGAGGCUUUACUGGUCCACAUAUGGCUUUGGACUGUCCUCAGAGUGCACUGCUUUGCGUAUGUUUGAGUUUGUUAGUUAAAGUUGUUACAGUAGUUACGCAUUUUGAUAAGAUGUAUGUACACUUCUCUUAGUUUUGGACUGAUUUUUCCCAUUUUCUUUCUAAACUUGUGCUUUUAAUGGGCAUUACUACUCCUUAUUUUUUCCUACAAAUGUCCUUAGAGGUCUUUACUACACACUCGAUGGGCAACAUCUCAGGCCUAGCAUGGAGGUUUUGCAUUUAUCCAAUCGUCAGAAGUGCAGCGGAUAUGAAUUCCUGUUAGAUGGAGUGAACGCAAAAAUUAUUCUAAGACCUGU